AAAGGCCGAGUUUUUCCAAGUUGUAGCAUCCAUUUUCUUGGACGGCUUUCACCAAACAACAUCAAAAUGCGGCAAGGAUCUGCUGUUAUCUGCCUAGGAUUGUUGGCUUUCAUUGCAGUUGUUGACUGCCAAGCAAUCAAUAAUCUCGCGCCCACACUAACCGAACACUCUAUACAAUGCCCACCGUUCGACGAUCCCUACCACAAUGUGAUGUUGCCAUAUCCCAACGACUGUCGCAAGUAUUACGUAUGCCAAAAAGGACGCGCCUUCGAGUACCAGUGUCCUCCGAAUUUGUUCUGGAGCCAGAUGACCUACCGCUGUGACUACAAGGAGUACUCCAACUGCAACUCGGACCAUCCCAGCUCCAGCCAAGAUGUCGAGGUGAUAUUCAAUGCAUAUCCCGGGGAUUGCAGUCGAUUCUACGAGACACGUAUCCUUCGCUGUGAGCGAAACUUCCAGUGGAGUUCAUUGUACCAGAGCUGCGUACCCCCCCAGUACGGGGAUUGCCAGAACUCCGCUGUGGCCUUGCCACCCGUAUACCCGAUUACCCCAGUGCCUCCCUUCCCAACCCUACCAACCGUGAGCCCCUAUGAUCCCAUGCCCACCGCUGCUACUCCGCCGUCCCUAAACAUAGCUCCUACGGAACUGAACUUUCUGCCCAUUGAUGUCCAAUCGUUGUGCAAUAUAAGUCCUCCCAACGCGUACAUUCCUUAUCCGGGCGACUGCAGCAAGUUCAUCCAUUGCGGACCAACAGCAACCAUUCUCUCAUGCGCGGAUUCCUUGAAGUGGAAUCCUGUCCAGCGUGCCUGCGUCAUUUCCAGCAAUGGGUGCCAGUUCUAGAAACCAGGGCCUUGAACCACCAAACAGAAGGCAUGAAGUUACAACGUUUUAAUAACUACUUUUACAA